GAAGCGGCGGCUGCUUCCGCCUCUUCUAGGCCACCUGCCCGGCCCAGUAUAAAGCAGCGGGCGCGGCCAGUUUACCCUGGACCCCCAUGGAGGAGCGACUGCGGUAGCUAGGUGGCGGGUCUCACUGAGGAAGGGGGGAGGCCAUGGAUCGGUACCGCAGCAGUCCCCGCGGUCCGGGGCGUUCCUGGCUGGAGUGACCCUGCGCCCUCUCUCCACUGGAGCAUCCGCGUCCACCGAAGGAGGCCCGGGAGAGCCCGCCCUUGGAAAGCGGCUACCCCAGCCCGAACGUCAUGCCCUGUGCCCGGGGUAGGAACCUGGAGGAGCAUGGCGCAUCCGGCCUGACGGACCCGGAGUUGCCAAGCUGGUCUGAGCAAGACCACGUGGAGAUACAAAUGAAAGUGGACUUCUUUCGCAAGUUGGGCUACUCCUCUGAAGAGAUCUUGGUCGUCCUUCAAAAGCUGGGCUUAGAUGCGGACACCAACACAGUCCUGGGGGAGCUGGUGAAGCAUGGGACUGCGAUGGGGGACCGGGACCCCACCGACCCCCCUCAGGAAGCCCUGGAGCCACCGGUGGCCCCCCAACACAGGAGCCCUGUGCCUGCCCUGCCCUUGGAGGGGAAGGAGGGCGAGAACCUGCGGCCUGUUGUCAUAGAUGGAAGUAAUGUAGCAAUGAGCCAUGGGGAUAAAGACGUCUUCUCUUGCCGAGGCAUUCUGCUGGCCGUGAACUGGUUUCUGGACCGAGGACACACGGAUAUCACUGUCUUUGUACCCUCUUGGAGAAAGGAGCAGUCAAAGCCGGAUGUUCCCAUCACAGAUCAGCAUAUCCUACAUGACCUGGAAAAGAAGAAGAUCCUCGUCUUCACGCCUUCCCGGAGGGUGGGGGGCAAGCGAGUGGUCUGCUAUGACGACCGUUUCAUUGUGAAGCUGGCCUAUGAGUCCGAUGGCAUCAUUGUGUCCAAUGACACUUACCGAGACCUGCAGACAGAGCGCCCUGAGUGGAAGAAGUUCAUCGAAGAACGCUUGCUGAUGUAUUCUUUCGUCAAUGACAAGUUUAUGCCUCCUGAUGACCCGCUAGGGCGCCAUGGCCCCAGCCUGGACAACUUCCUGAGAAAGAAACCAGUGCUUCCCGAACUCAGAAAGCAGCAGUGCCCUUAUGGCAAGAAAUGUACGUAUGGGAACAAGUGCAGGUACUAUCACCCUGAGCGCCUCAACCACCUGCAGCGCUCCGUUGCCGAUGAGCUGCGAGCAAACGCACGGCUGUCCCCUACCAGGAGUGCUGCUGCUGCUGCCGCCAAGGAAGAGGGGCUGGCACGACGCCCUGCCCAGGCUGAAUUCCUGAGCUCUGUGCCCCUUGAGGGUGAUAAGGUCCACUUGAUGAAAGCCUCCAUGGAGAAGAAAAGCUUGGCCUCUAAAGCGAAUCAUGGAGACAUAGCACUUUUCUUGCCCAAAGGUGGAAGUAGCUCGGCAGGGACCCCUGCUGGUAGUAGCAGCAGCAGCAGCUACCGGCCUACAGAGUGGUACCAGCCACCCCCCCUCUCUCCCCACAUGGACUCCCUGUCCUACGUGUCUCAGGACUGCCUUGACUCUGGCAUCGGCUCCCUGGAGAACCAGCUGUCUGACAUGUGGCCCAGCCCUUUGGCCAGCCACAGCCCGCAUUCCCACCCGGAGCACCUGGGGAUGACCACCCGUAGAGGGCAGCCCUACCAUCCGCCUCCCGGCCCCGAGUCCAGCAGCUACGGCCACUAUCAGCCCCACAGCUACCCCAAGCCCGUUUCAGCACCCAGCUCCAGCACCAGCUUCUUACAGUAUAGUGCAGAUUUGUCACACACCAGAGCGGCUCACUCCUUUCCCAGCUACAGCAUGCCUCCCGACUCUGGCGCGUCUCUCAGUCCCAGGCGGAAGUAUUGGUCCGAGCCUUACCAGCCUCCCCCUGCAGCACCUCGAGAUCUGCCGAGAGCCCCCCAGGUGGCCUACAGCAACUCCUGCCAGUGGGCCUCGCCCGAUCGCUUUGCUGAAGAACGCGCCAACGUGCACGUUAAGCUGUGUGGGAUCUUCCAUCCUCACCUGGUGGAUGCUGUCAUGAGCCGCUUCCCACAGCUGUUGGACCCCCAACAGCUGGCUGCUGAGAUCCUCACUUACAAGUCCCAGAACCCCAGGGUGUGAAGCUCGGAGAGGCAGCAGUUCCUGAAGACGAGUGUCUCCUUCUAAGGAGUGCCCUGGGGGAGGUGGUUCCUGCCACCCCAGAGGCCUUGAGAAAUAAUUGGCCUCUUGAGAUGUGUAACUGCUCUAAGAUGCAUUGCUAAGCAGCCUGGGCCAUCACCAAGGGAGUCCCCAGCCUGUCUGUGGGUUAGGCAGGAUGGAGCGGGCACUGUGCCAGUGAAUGUCUCCUAAGGAACGGGCUUGCUGGUUUUCUUCGGACUUUCUCAAAUGCGGUUUCUCUGCAUCAGCCUGUUGCAGUUACUGAAACGAGGAUGUUUGUGGAAGGCAAACUAUGAACUGGCCCCACCCCUUGCAACAGAGUGAAAGGGUUAAGCUUGGGGGGGGGGGUUCUGACGUUGUUUAAAAUCCUGGCUUUCUCAGUAAGUCAUUGGCAGGUGCCAUGUUUGGCCGACUCUUAUGCAGCCCUUCUGCUUGCCGUGCAUUGGAGAUGGCACGUUGAGCAGUCGAGGCUUGGAUAUGGGCUUCCUCUUUCUUUUUCCAGUUUAGGCUUUCUAGUGCCCAUGGCCAUGGAGAAGAUUUUGGAAAUGAGUGGACGGUUUCUUUGUGGAAUGUCAGAAAGAGGGCAAAGAGGGAUUCUUGGUUCAUUGCUUAUGCAUCUCAAGCCAGUCUCCCAUUGCCGAAGUGCCUUUGGGCAAAGCCACAGAAUUUGAAUCCAGCACACACGAUUCCACAUUCCAAGAAUCUCUGCUUUCCCUUCAAGUGACUUCAUAAUAAUGUUUGCUUGAAAGUACCCAGGGAGACUUUCUCAGGUGCAUCUGUGAGCACACACACACACACUCACUCAGGGUUGUAGGGCUGCAAUAGUUUGCAUCAGAAAUAAUAAUAGUUGUGUGCUGUCAAGUUGCAACUGACUCGUGGCAACCCCAUGAAGAAGUUCUUCUUCAUUUGGUUUUCAUGGCAAGGAGUAAGGGGAGGUGGUUUGCCACUGCCUGCCUCUGCAUAGCAAUCCUGGUCUUCCUUGCUGGUCUCCCAUCCAAAGGCUAACCAGGGCCCUGCUUGGUGUCCAAGCUCUGACAAGAUCGGGCUUUUCGAGGCUGCUCCUCCCCAUCAGCAAACAAUCUGUGUGAAGCAGACGGCUCAGUUUCAAACAUCUGUUCCAGUUGUGCUAGAGGUUGCUAGCCAGGAGUCUCAUCCAUUGCCUUCUCUGGAUACUGAUCCUUGAAAGGCUCCUUUCUCUCUAAGACAGUGUCUGCUGGAAAACUUGACUUUUAAGAACCUCUGGGCUUUUAGCAGGGCUGGAGCGGAGGAGAGAGGGGGAAGAGUGCUCCUGGCCUGUGGCUGCGAAACCCUUUGGAAGGCACUCUCUAAAGCACCCCAGCAAUUGUGCAGCUAACAGAGCACAACUGCAGGGCACUUAAACAGUAUCACAGGGAUAAAAACGGUUUUUCUUAGUUAGAGCUGGAAGCACAAGGGUGCUCUGCCCCACGAAAGUCCUUGCUUCUCCUGCCUCCUUCAAACCCACUCCACCUGUAGACUUUCUCCAGUACUGUAGAAAGAUGCCUCUCUUGUUCGGAGAAGAUGGAUUUAGCUUAUACUCCUGUUGGCUCAGUCUUGAUGACCAGUGAGUCCACUACUAACAGUGGACUAAGGGUUCAGAGGCAGUAGACCUUUGAAUCUUGGUGCCAGGAAGGCAGCAUGAGGGGAAGGCUUCAGCCUCUAUGCCCUUGUUGGCCCUCCAUAGUGACCCAGGUGACCACUGUGUGA